UGAACUGAGCACAUCCAUAAACACACACUUGAUGUCCGACAUGCAGGACACGCUGCUGCUGGGCCUGGAGGGCAUCAAGAAGACCAUCCUGCACGGAGGAACUGGAGACGUGCCCAAGUUCAUCACCGGAGCAAAGGUGACGUUCCACUUCCGCACUACGCUGUGCGACGACGAGCGCACUGUUGUGGACGACAGCAAAGCUGUGGGACGCCCCAUGGAGAUCGUCAUCGGCAACAUGUUCAAACUGGACGUGUGGGAGACGCUGCUGGCCUCCAUGAGGGUCGGAGAGGUGGCCCAGUUCUGGUGUGACACCAUCCACACGGGCGUGUAUCCUCUGGUGUCCAAGAGCAUGAGGCGCAUCGCAGAAGGCAAGGACCCUGUGGACUGGCAUGUGCGCACAUGCGGCAUGGCCAACAUGUUCGCCUACCACACCCUGGGCUACCAAGACCUGGACGAGCUGAUGAAGGAGCCCAGACCUCUCUUCUUCAUCUUGGAGCUCAUGCAGGUGCUGCAGCCCAGCGAGUACAACAGAGAGUCGUGGGCCCUCAACGAUGUGGAGCGGCUGAAGGCGGUGCCCGUGCUGCACGGUCAGGGCAACAAGCUCUACAAGCAGGGUCGCUACCAGGAGGCCACGCUGAAAUACAAAGAGGCCAUCAUCUGCGUCAAGAACGUCCAGACCAAGGAGAAAGCCUGGGAGGCUCCCUGGCUGAAGCUGGAGAAGAUGGCGCACACGUUAACUCUCAACUACUGCCAGUGUCUGCUCCGCAUGGAGGAGUUCUACGAGGUCAUAGAACACACCAGUGACAUCAUCAACCAGCACCCAGGCGUGACCAAGGCCUUCUACCUGCGAGGCAAGGCCCACGCGGAGGUGUGGAACGAGGCCGAGGCCCGGCAGGACUUCAGCAAGGUUCUGGAUCUGAACCCCGACAUGAAAAAGACGGUGAAGAAGGAACUGGGGGUGCUGAACAUGCGCAUGGAGGACAAGAACCAGGAGGACAGACUCAAGUACAAAGGCAUGUUUUGAAGGGGGAAUAUCAGGGCCGGCCCGUGGCAUAGGCCGUAUAGGCAAAUGCUAAGGGCGCCGUCCAUCAGGGGGCGCCAUGCCAGUGCCACAAAAAAAAAGUUGUUACUAUUAUUUCUAAAUACAAAAAAUAAUCUCACGUUAAUUAAAAUGCAAAGUAAAGCCUAUUUAAUAGAAAUAUUAUUUGUUACAACAUUACGCCCCCCCUCCUCCCCACGCACGGUGCGCCCCCUCCCUUCCCGUAUCAUGACUCUUUUUGGACGUCACCACAUCAAAAAAUCAACACAAGAUGUCAAAACGGCCAAAACUGUCAGGUGCCCAGGGAAGAAACAAGAGAAAAGAAGAGGAGAAACGAGAAAAGACAGAGGUAGCAGGUAGGUAACGUUAGCCUACAUGAAAUUAUUUGUCUGUUACAGAAUGUGAUAGUAACCUGACUUUUUAGCAUUAAGCUAAUGUUACAUGACUCGGCAAUUGCUAAUCAAUAAAUAGCUAGUUCUGUUUUAACGUCGGGUUAAUAUUGUGGAGGGGGCUAAAUUGUUAUGGAAAAUAAUAAUGUAACGUUAGGUAAUUACAGUACUCCCUACUUACAUUCCUCAGGGACAUUUGUAUUAGAUCUUUUAAGCAGGUGUUUUUUGUUUACAUUAUUAUUGCCUUCUGGUUAGCUAAUGUUUGCCCUGCAGGUAAUAGUCACUUUUCCACCCCUUUAUAUAUUAGGUAUAGUUGUAAGUAAAAAAAAAAGGUCAAAGACAAAGCUAUUCGGGUUCUUGUGAGUAUAUACACUUCACUGCCGAUGUGGGGGGGCGCCACCUAAAAUCUUGCCUAGGGCGCCAGAUUGAUUAGGACCGGGCCUGGGGAAUAUUACUAUGUUUCUUCAAGGUGGGUCUCCAUUGUUGUUUGCAACCAUUUACUGCAUGGACGUCCACAAGGUGGCGCUGAAUCUACACGUAAUGUGGAGUAAUAAAUCCAGGCCGCCGGCUCGUAAAAAUCAAAUGGCGUGUGUUCAUACAAGAUGGCUUUUUCUUUAGCUUCCUCCAUCUAUGUGAGGUGCUGAUAAUGAAACAUCUGUAACUCACAUCGGGGAGCAGAGGAGCGUCCCUCGGUGACACGACGCUCACUCCCAUGCAGAAGUGGAAUGACCACGCAAUCAAUGGCAGUAAACGCAUCACUGCAAGGACAGAAAAUGAAGGGUUAAUAUGCGAGCACAGGGGUGUCCAAAGUGCGGCCUGCAGCUACACUGCAAAAAGUCAGUGUUCAAAAACAAGAAGAAAAAAAAAAUACAAAAAUGAGGGGUAUUUUAUCUGAACUAAGCAAAAUUAUCUGCCAAUAGAACAAGAAAAUUUGGCUUUCCAAAACAAGUAAAAUUAGCUAACCUCAAUGAAC